CUUUUGCCGGUGAGAGAUCCACUUUCUCUCCGGAUUGGGCCACCAAUGACCAGACAGCCGAUUCACAUGGCCAUCAGACAUUUUUCAUAGCCAAGGCUUCACCUCAAAGCGUAAUUGAGGCUGCAAAACUAUCCAUAUUAAUAGCUUUUCGGUCUACCCCCUCUUUUGCGUAUAGUAUCAAAUGUUUCUCGGAGAUCAUCCAGGUCUCUAUCUCGUUUUGCUCCUCCACCUCCUCCCUUCUGUCACCUGUAUCAAGAACUCGCAGCCAUAUACUCCUCCAGACCUCAUCCUCCUGGAUUGUGGCGCAUCGUCUAGUUCUACAUCGCUGGAUGGACACAACUGGGUUGGUGAUGCCAACUCCAAAUUUCAUGCCUCUAACUCUGAAACCGCGUCAUCUGCGUUUGUAGCUUCUCAGCAAGACCCAUCUGUAACUCAAGUCCCUUACAUGACUGCCCGUGUUUUUCAUUCCCAAUUCACCUACACCUUUCCCGUCUCCCCUGGCCCAAAGUUUGUUCGUCUCUACUUCUAUCCAGCUACUUACUCCACCCUUGACAUUUCAAAAUCUUUUUUCUCUGUUAGCGCCAAUAAUUACACUCUUCUUAAUAACUUUAGUACCUCUCUUGCUGUUUCUGCUGUGAAUCCUUCUGUCGCCUCCCUCAUAAAAGAGUAUAUCAUCACCGUGUGGGAUAACCAAAAGCUUGACCUCACGUUCUCUCCAUCUCCAAGUUCUUUUUCCUUCAUAAAUGGCAUCGAGAUUGUUUCCAUGCCCAAGGACCUCUAUGUCAGCGGCAACGGUAAUCCACUUCCUUAUGUGGGCGCCGAGAAUAACCCAUUUUAUUUGGAUAACACUACUGCUCUUGAGACAUUUUAUCGACUGAAUGUUGGUAGAAAGGAUAUCAGCAGCAAAGAUGACACCGGAAUGUAUAGGACAUGGCUUCAAGAUUCAAAUUACAUCUUUGGGGGUGGACUUGGUGUCACAGUUAUUCCACUUGAUGUCAAAGUGCAGUAUACAGCGAAGACACCACCCUACACUGCACCUGUAAUGGUAUAUAAAACUAUGCGUUCUAUGGGUGGUGAUCCGAACGUUAGCCUGAGGUACAACCUCACAUGGUACUUCUCCGUUGAUGCUGGUUUCAACUAUCUUCUUAGACUCCAUUUUUGUGAGUUUCGAUCUGAGGUCACAGAUAUUAAUCAAGUGGUGUUCUUUAUAUACAUCAAUGAUCAAACAGGUGAGGAAAGGGCAGAUGUAAUCCUCUGGUCCGGCGGUAACAGUGUUCCGGUCUACAAAGACUACGUCGUGUGGAUCCCAAAAGGCAGCCAUAGCAAGCAUGACUUGUGGCUCGCUUUACACCCCCAUUAUGAUGGCAAAUAUACAUAUGCUGAUGCGUUUUUGAACGGCCUAGAGAUAUUCAAGUUGAACAAUUCAGACGGUAGUCUGGCCUCCUUCGGCCAAGAGGUACUGGCGGCUCCUCCACCACUAGAAGGACUUCCCAAAUUUAGAGGAAAGGCUAAUAAGAAAGGAUCACUGGUUGUAAUCGUUGGUUGUUCUGUUUUUAGUGGUGUUCUAGUGCUAUCCCUAGUUAUUUGUUUCUUUGUCGUUAAACAAAGGAGAGCCGUGGUGGGUGUCGUAUUCGCUUUCACUAUAGUUUUACUUUUAUCUGUCUACCGGCGAAAACCGAGAGCCAAGGACAAGUCAUUCUUGCUUCCCAUCCCGCAAGCAUCACCACCACCGAUUGAUAUUUGUCGCCAGUUUACGAUUUUUGAGAUCAAAGAAGCGACAUCAGAUUUUAACGAUGGAAAUCUUAUCGGCUCUGGGGGAUUUGGUAAAGUUUAUAGAGGAUUUAUUGCAUACGGGUCCAUCCCAGUUGCGAUCAAACGUCUAGAUUCAUCAUCAAAUCAAGGAGCCCGAGAAUUCAAGACUGAAAUUGAGAUGCUGUCUCAGCUUUACCAUGUUAAUCUGGUCUCCCUGGUUGGAUAUUGCAUUGACGAAGGCGAAAUGAUACUUGUAUAUGAUUAUAUGAUCAAUGGAACUCUUCGGGAGCAUCUCUACGAAACUAAUAAUAACCCACUUCCAUGGAAGCAAAGACUUGAGAUAUGCAUCGGCGCAGCACGCGGAUUACACUAUCUUCAUACUGGUCUUUCACAUACAAUCAUCCACCGGGAUGUGAAGACGAGCAACAUCUUGCUAGACGAAAAUUGGGUUGCUAGAAUUUCAGAUUUUGGAUUGUCCAGAAUAGGAUUGAACGACAGUGCAGUUAGUACAGUAGUAAAAGGAACCUGGGGAUAUUUGGAUCCUGAAUAUGCACGAUUUCAGCAACUGACAGAAAAAUCUGAUGUCUACUCGUUUGGUGUGGUUCUAUUUGAAGUAGUAUGUGGUCGAAAACCACUAGAUCACAAGUUAGAGCAUGAGCAGAUGAAUUUAGCCAAUUGGGCACGAGAAUGCAUUCGAAAUGGAACAAUUUACAUCAUAAUUGAUCCAUAUUUGAAGGCCAAGAUUGCUCCAGAGUGUUUCAGAAAAUAUGUGGAAAUUGCAGAAAGUUGUGUGCGUAAUCAAGGAAGUGAAAGGCCCAGCAUGGAGGAUGUGAUGGGAGAGCUUGAAUUUGCAUUGGAGCUACAAGAGACUGCAGAUGCUGUGGAGGAAAGAAGCAAUCCUGGGAGUGAAUAUGUGUAUCCUGAAGUAUCAUUCUAUGCUUCUCGGUACACCAAUCCUGGUGGACGCGAGUUGGAUCAAGUUAGUACAAGUGCGUACACAACUUGGGAUACAGACAACAGCACUACACCGUGUUACAGCCACUAAGGAUUGGAAGCAGAGCAAGAACCAUGGAUGUGUGAAUUGUUCUAAUGGGUCGAAGUUUUUUAUUUUACAGGUCAAAGCUUUAUGGUCCAAAUUUCACUUGAGAUUUUAGAUUUAAGGAUAUCUAUACUUUAAGUUGUAUUACAAAGUUUAACCCUAUUAGCGAAAUUUCGAUUUCCCUCCCCUCUCCUCAAAGCUAUU